AUGAAAUCGCCUGCAGCAGCGAACACUCGCGAGCGUCGCAGCAAUUCGCGCGUCGAGGGUUUCAAAUGGGCCAUUCCCGACGGUCGCUCCGACCAGCCGUCCUUUUUCCGUCGAAACCUGCCACUGCCGUUCCCCUUUUCGCGGCUUUCCGUCUCGUCUUGUGCCGUCCUUCUCGCAAUCGCGCUCUUGAUUCUCAUUGGCUCGCUCUUCCUCGGCCUCUCGGCCUUCCGCUCGCGAGAGGUGACACGUCUCAACACCAGCGACGAUGACGGCGCGUCGUACGGAAAUGAGGACUACGGAGGCGUGGCUGCCGGCAGCCCGCCUGCUUUCUCUGACGGCGACGGCAGCUUUGACGGUGGGAGCGGCGGCAUUGACGGCGCGUCAAAAUCCGCGUUCGGAAAGCCUAGUUUUGGCGGGAAACCGAGCCGUUGGAACGGUGACCAGGACUUGGAUUCUGACAUAGGAGGUUCCAGUUUAGGAGGCUCCGGUUUUGGAGGAGCUAGCUCCUGGAAAUCCGGGAAGGGUAUCGGAAGAGGAGGGGGAGCGCGGUCCGGAUGGGGGGGAAAUGAUGACGUGGAUGGUGCUGGUGCAGGGCUCGGUGGGUCGAACUUUCCGCGACGGUUCGCGGAAGGUUCUGAUGAUGACAAUGGAGAAGAUCCGCUGUAUCCGAGGGAUAGCCGGCAAGUGAUUGAUGCGAUUGGUGCUCUUAGCGGGGGUAAGGGAGGCUUGAAACGAGGGGGAAUGCGAGGUGGGGACUAUGAGGAGGAGGAGAGUGAGGGGUUGAGUGCGGUUGGGAGGGGUAGGAGUGGGAGGAAAGGGAAGAAGAAGCGCGGGAAGAAGAAGAAGCGGACGAAGAGGAGGGGGAAGAAGGGGAAGCGUGGGAGCAAGACAAGAGGAAAGCGGAGAGACAGUCUGGACAAUACCGAGGAUGAUUAUGACGAGGAUGAGGAUGUGAGGCGAGGGGGGAGGAGCAAGAAAGGCGGCAGCAGUAGCAGGCGGAAGGGGAAGGGGAAAGGCGGAGGCAGAUGGUCGGGGGGGGUGGGGCAUGGGGAGGAGGAAGAGGAGGGGGAUGCGGAGUCAGCAUGGGGGGGCGGGAGAGGGGGACGGUUGGGGGGACAGUCGAGCCAGGCCACCAGGGCAAGGGGGGCAUGGAAUGAGGGAGGAGCGUUCAAAAGCGCCUUCAGCCGUGACUUGAGUGGGGACACUGAUGACGAGGGUGCUCUGGGCAGCAGCACCAUGGGCUUUGGCAGGAAGCGAGCGGGUCUCCCCUUCUCCUCCUCCUCUUCCUCUUCCUCCUUCCCCCGCAGCAGCAGCUUGGGAAAAUUUGGUGGUGCUGGUGAUGAUGAUGACGAUGGUGAUGAUGCUGGUGCUGCUGGUAUGGGUGGCAGGGGAAUGGGGGGUUUCGGAGGGGCGGGUGCAAGGGGAGCAGCAGGAGGAGCGGGAGGAGCAGGAGUGGGCGGGGAGGCAGAUGAGAUGGAAGAGGACGAUCUUACUGCAGGCUCUGAUACCAGUAGCAGCAGCAGCAGCAAGGCAGGGGGCUCGUCUGGAGGGAUUCUUGGGUUUUUCUCAAGCAUGUUUGGUGGAGGGAAGAAGACAGGCUCAGCUGGGGAAGGGGCCACUGAUGGGGGUUCCAGUGGUGGUACUGGGGGGGGAUCAGCCGGCGAUUGGGACGAGGAGGAGGAGGGUGGUGUGGGCGUGGGAGGGAGCACAGGAGGGAGUGCAGGAGGGGGUACGGAACGGGGUUUAGGAGGGGGUUUGGGGGGGGUUGUAGGAGGGGGUAUGGGGAGGAGCAGCAGGGCGGCUGGGUUUGAGGAUGGGGAGGAGGACAUGGAAAGCUGGCAGGGAAUAGGAAUAGGGGCGGCAACAGGUGGUAAUGAUACCACUAGCAGCAGCAGCAGUUUGGGAGGGGGUGGUGGUAUUGGGAGCAGUGGCUCUGGCCUGUGGUCGUGGUUUUCUAAGAAGCGCAGUGGUGGUGACAGCAGCAGCGGCGUUGAUGCCAGCGCUGACGUGUCAUCCGUAGCAGCAGGAGCAGGGGCAGCAGCAGGGGCAGGAUCAGGAGCAGCAGAUGUGCCGGGUGGGGGUAAUGUAGAUGACUAUGAUGGGGAUGGGCAGGUGGGUGGAGGGGCAACAGGAGGUGCGGGAAGGAUGGGAGGCGUAGGGGGUAGAGGUGCCGGAAUGGGAGGUGCAGGAGCAGCAGGAAUGGCAGGUAGGGGUGAUGCAGAUGAUUAUGAUGGGGAUGGGCGGGUGGGUGGAGGGGCAUUAGGAGGAGGUGCGGGAAGGAUGGGAGGUGUUAAGGGUAGAGGUGCAGGAUUGGGUGGUUCGGCCAUGGGAGGUUUGGGCAUGGGAGGUUCAGGCAGGGGGGGUGCAAGCAUGGGAGGUUCGGGCAUGGGAGGUUCGGGCAUGGGAGCUGCGGGCAUGGAUGGUGGUCCGUUCCAGCGGAGUGGUCCGUUUGGGGAGAGCGGGGGUGCAGAUGGGAUGGAGGGCGGCAUGGUGGGGCGUGGGGUGGGGAGGAGCAGAGCGGGGAGAGUGAGGGGGCGUCCAGGCAUGGAGGGGUUGGAAGAGAUGGGAGCAAGAGAGGGUAUGGAAGCAGGGGACGGCAUUGGGGGUGGUGGGACUGGUGGGGGUGGCAGAGGAGGCAGGAGUGGGUUCAGGAUGGGGCGGAUGGGCAACGCUGGUGGUGCUGCUGGUUCUGGUGCUGGUUUUGCUGGUGGUGGUGCUGGUGUUGGUGGUCCUGCUGCUAGUGGUGGUGUAGGUGGGUUCAGAAGACCAGGUGGGGGGCUUGGUGGUCGAGGCAGGGGCCGCCCGGCUCUGGAAGACGAGGAAUGA